GCAUUUUAGUCGAUAACUUUCGAGAAAGAAUUUAUACAGGAUAGGCGGACAUCGUAGUUAGUUACGAAAAAUGGACAAAUCGCCAAAGAAAGAUACAUUCGCUAAAAGUCGUAAGUUGGUACAUUAUGUCAAGGAAAAAUUGAAUGAACUAAUGAAUAGUGGGACUGAUGAAGAUGACCCCAAUUCGCCACUUGUUUCUAUUAAAAGAUUUGAAGACAUUCAUAUGGAACCGGAUUUACUAAAAGCAGUUUACGCCGCUGGAUUUAAUAGACCUUCAAAAAUACAAGCAAAUGCAUUACCACUUUUGUUGGCAGAUCCACCAUUAAACUUAGUCGCUCAAAGUCAAUCAGGAACCGGGAAGACAGCAGCUUUCGUUUUGGCAAUGCUUACACGUGUGAAUAAAGAUCUAGAUCAUCCUCAGGUUAUUUGCUUGUGCCCAACAUAUGAGCUUGCAAUCCAAACUGGGGAGAUAUGUGCUAAAUUGGCUUUAUAUAUGAAGAACAUCACCAUGAUAUAUGCAGUCAGUGGAGAGCACAUGCCACCUUCAUGUCAAGUGACCCAACAUAUUAUUAUUGGAACUCCAGGAAAAAUAAUGGAUUGGGGAAUUAAAUACAAAAGUUUUGAUCUCAGCAAGAUUCGUGUUUUUGUUUUGGAUGAAGCUGAUACCAUGGUAUCUACCCAAGGUCAUCAUGAUCAAUGUAUUCGUAUUCAUAGAAACCUUGCGACAAGUUGUCAAAUGAUUUUCUUUUCGGCGACAUAUGAUGAAGAAGUGCUUCAUUUUGUAAAAUUCAUGGUGGCUGAUCCAACCAUUAUAAGAUUGCCAAGGGAACAAGAAUGUCUUGAUAAUAUCAAGCAGUAUUAUGUUAUGUGCAGAGGCGAGGAAUCAAAAUAUUCAUCAAUUCAAAAUAUUUAUGGAGGUAUAACAAUCGGUCAAGCAAUUAUUUUUUGCAAUACUCGCAAAAGUGCUGCUUGGCUAUCAAAAAAAUUGAUUAACGAUGGACACUCUGUUGCUGUACUCUCAGGCGAAUUAAAUGUUGAAGAACGACUUGGUAUUUUAGAUCGUUUUAGAGCAGGGCUUGAGAAAGUUUUGGUGACUACUAAUGUCUUAUCACGAGGCAUUGAUGUCUCACAGGUAACAAUAGUUGUAAACUUCCAUAUGCCAACUCUGCAUGGUAGUGGAUAUCCCGACUACGAUACGUACUUGCAUCGCAUUGGUCGUACCGGAAGAUUCGGCAAGCAUGGUAUAGCUAUAAAUCUAAUUGAUAGCGAACGUGACAUGAAGUUAUCACUCGCUUUUGAAGCUCAUUUCAAGAAGCCUAUAGCACUUCUGAAUACUAAUGACUCAGAUGAAGUACAAAAUCUGGAAAACUAAAUAUAAUAUCAUUCAUGACUAGAUUAUGAAUCAAACAUUUCACUUGUAAACUUAUUAAAUAAAAG